UACAGUUUGUUGAGGUGCUGCUGGUGUUUUGGGGAGUUAAGGGGUUAACAUGGAGUUAAGGGGUUAACAUGUGAAGCACCCGUUUGCUGAUACCCCCCCUUAAACAAACAGACCGGCUCUGCUCUGCUCUGCUCGGACUACAGACUCCACUACAUGCAGCCUGAUCCUGCUCCUGUGAACCGGAGAGAAACGGACCCACCGGCUCUCAGCCUGCAGCCCGGUGCCCGGUGCCCGGUGCUUUCUCCCGGUAACCGUCCGAGGAUGUACAGGAAGAUGAGCAGCAGCAGCACAUGUCAGCCAGCCGGAUCGAUGCUGCUGUCGGUCAUAAAGUAGACACAUAAAGAACUAGAACUGGUCAUCUUUAUUGUGCAUGAAGCCUGGCUCGGCUCGGCUCGGUUCGGCUCCAGAGACUCAGGAUGAGGAAACCCAAAGUGACUCGGAUGGGUUUAUCUUUGUGUCUGGGAUGUUUCAUCAUGGUCAUCCUCUACAUGAACAGCAGUCUGAGGCCAGCCGGGGAGCCGCUCGGUGAGAGGAGCAGUGGGCAGAAGUCGAGGAGGAGUCCUCUACAGACGCUUUACGACGGCGACCAGGUUGAGUCAGCAGUGCAGGCGAUCCAUCAGGGCCGACGGGAGGUGUUAGAAGAAGCCUGCCGCUCCUACACCCGCAAACGCAGAGUCCUGAUCCCCGAGGACCUGAAGCACGUCAUCGUGGACGACCAGCACGGCUUGCUGUACUGCUACGUGCCCAAAGUGGCGUGCACCAACUGGAAGCGGGUGCUCAUGGUUCUGACGGGCGUCGCCGGGUCCCACCGAGAACCGCUGGCGAUCCCCGCCAACGAGGCCCACAUCCCGGGAAACCUCCGCACUCUGUCGGAGUACUCCACCUCGCAGAUCAACCAGCGCCUGCGCUCCUACCUGAAGUUCGUCUUCGUGCGCGAGCCCUUCGAGCGGCUGGUGUCUGCGUACCGCAACAAAUUCACGCGGAGCUACAACACCGCUUUUCAUAGACGAUACGGCACAAAGAUAGUGCGGCGGCACAGGCUGGACCCGCAGCCAGAAGCCCUGGAGAGUGGAAACGACGUCUCCUUCGAGGAGUUUGUGUAUUACCUCGUGGACCCGGCAACCCAGCGAGAAGAGCCCUUCAACGAGCACUGGGAGCGCGUGCACUCGCUGUGCCACCCCUGCCUCAUCCACUACGACGUGGUGGGUAAAUACGAGACGCUGGAGCAGGACUCCCGCUAUGUGCUACAGCUAGCCGGGGUGGAGGACCAGGUCAGUUUCCCCGCCUCGUCCAAGAGCACCAGGACUACAGGAGACAUGGCGGCCCAGUUCUUCCACAACAUCAGCCCCUUCUACCAGAAGAAGCUGUACAACCUCUAUCGCAUGGACUUCCUGCUCUUCAACUACUCGAUACCAGCCUACCUCAAGUUUAGAUGAGGCUGGGACAUCACUCAUCCUUGAACAUGUGGAGCCUGGACUCUGGUAGCGGUUUGUUUUCGAGAGGUUUCUCUCUGUGUAGGCCUUACUACGGACACUGCAAAUACUCUUGAAAAUGUAUCCUGAUCCAAAGUAAAUACAUUUUUACAGACUGAAGAACUUGUGUACACACAGAGGAUACGAGUAGGAGAGGAGACGUUUCAUCACAAGAUGACAGUUGUUGCCUCAAGAAGGCAAAUUAUAUUUUACUGUAACCGGUGAUCCGGUGGAUGUCGGUCACUGCCUUUUGAAAGUGUGAAAUACCGUUCGACUUCUGGUUUAAUUUAAUUUCGGUUGUCAUCUGCUGUUUCAAAAGUGUAAUUUGCACAACAAAUGGAAUCUGCAGUUACUUAAUGAACAACCCGGUCUCACUCCCGACUCGUCAAAUACCAACGCUUGGUCACUGGCCUUCAGCGUCUGAUACCGACACACCGCGGCACCCUUUAGCGUCUGUAUGAAAAGCAGCACGCUUUCAACUAACUGCAAUGUAAACCCAUCCAUCAUUAUUAAGACGCUCAGAGAAAACUGACGUAGUAUAAAGAGCGUGAAAGGUGGGUAGAGUGGGAGUCGAGGUUGGACGGGGUCAAACAAACACAGGACUUUCACCCUGUUUGUGUGCCGUGUCAACAUUGACCAUAGUUUUGUUACCUAACUUCCGUACUUUACCAACGGCAGUGUUACUUGCCGUGCUGUUGUGUGUUAUGUGUUGCUGCUCUCUCUCCUGUGUCUCUCCAGGUGCUGCCCCACAGUGCAGCAGCAGUGAGUGGUCGCGUGCAGGUGUGUUUAAUCACUCAUCAGGGUCUGGAGUAUAAAGGAGCUGGAGACAGCUGUGGGCGAGGCCAGUGAGCCAUUACGCAGAGGCAAGGAACAUAUAUUGCCAAGAAGUGAGAGUCAGUUGUUCGUUCCAUUGCAACGUCGGCGCCCAGCAGCAGAGCUACGCUUCUGCCAUUUUGGACUGAAAGCGACUACCGGAUGCCAGUAAAACGUU